AUGAGUUUGAAUGAAAAGUGUGUUACAUUAAAUGAAGUGAACAACAAGUUCACAGAAGAUGUGCUAAUAAAUAUUCUAUCUAAAAUAUGCAAUGGAAAAGAAGUGCAGUUGACAGAUUGGAGUUUCAACGAGGGAUCUGCCAAAGGUGAUAAUUAUUUGUCAAAUGUCUACAAAGGUAAAGUAAAUGGCAUUAUCGAUGGCGAUCCAAAGCAACAUGUGCAAGCGAAUAUUAUCGUAAAAUCAAUGCCAAAAAAUCCUGGAACACGGAAGACUCUCAGAUGUGCAGACUUUUUCAGUAAUGAAAUCGCUUUUUAUACGCAAAUUAUUUCCAAAUUUGAAAACUUUCUAACAGAAAAAGGACACAGCGAUCUAUUAUGUAUACCACGUCAUAUAAUCUCCUCCACAGAUAGUGAAAACGGUUUUCUAGUUUUAGAAGAUGCUUCUUGCUUAGGAUUUUGUUCCAUGUCACGACAGAACUGUCUAGAUUGGGCAGAAUGUUUAGCUGUUUUGAAGACAUUGUCCAAAUUUCACGCAAUCUCAUUUGCGUACAAAGAUCAAAGAAAGGAAGAGUUUGUAGAAAUGACAAAUUCUUUAAAAGAAACCUUCUUCGGUCAUAAACACUGGGACUGGUACAAAGGAUUUCAUAAAAAAGUGCAAGUUCUAAUUAAAUAUGCAUUAACUACCGAAUAUCCCAACAGCAAAGCUGAGAAACAAUACAAUUCUUAUAAAUUCGGUGCUCUCUUUAACAAGUGUACAGAACUGUGUGACAGAAGAGAUUCUCCUACAUCUAUCGUAAUAGAGGGUGAUUGUUGGGCCCCAAACUUUUUAAUUCGCGAUGUUGGAAAAAAUCAAAAGCAAGCUUUGAUGCUAGACUUUCAGCUUGCACGUUGCGCAAGUCCUGUCAUAGAUCUGUCGUUUCUAAUUUAUGCUUGCACUCUGAAGUCAUUUCGUGAUCGGUAUUUUGAUGAGAUGUUAAAAAUGUAUCACUCUGAGUUGAACAAUGCCAUUAGAUUACUCGGGUCUGAUCCAGAAAAACUUUAUCCAUGGGAUUUAUUUAUGAAAGAGGUGAAGGAGCAAUUUGUAUUUGGUGUGUUUGCUUCACUUGAAGCUAUUCCAUUAUGCCUGAUAGAUAUAUCCGAUUCAUUUACCAUAGACACUGCUGUUAAGAGUGAUGAAGCAAUAGAUGUUGGUGACGCGAUAUCGUUUUCUGAUCUUACAACAAACGGAAGACAAAGACUAGCGGAUGUGAUAGUUCAUGCUGUUGAAAAGGGAUACAUAUAA